GCGCCCGGAGCCGGGCCCGAAAGGACGCUCUCUGUGGCUCUCGCUCUAGAGCUCUCUCUCUGUGUGUGUCUCUCUCUCUUUCAAGGCUUUCUAGGAAAGGAAGGGCAGGGGAGGCAGUCCCAUCGCAAUCCCCUCUCGGGUUUAUACUGGGAGGAGGAAGUCCAACCCAAUCUUACCUUCCAAAGCUCAGGAAGGUGGGCUUUCUUUCCCUCUCUCUUUCCCCCUCUUGGACCCCACUGUGACACCUGCUUCCUCCUCUCUUCUUGCCCUCUCUCUCGCCCUUUCCCCUUUCCUCUCCCAUCACACUUGCCCCCCUUCCUUCCUUCCUUCCUUCCUUCCUUCCUUCCUUCCUUCCUUCCUUCCUUCCUUCCUUCCUUCCUUCCUUCCUUCCUUCUCUCUCCCUCUGCCCCUUCCUUAACCCCUCCGAUGCCAUGAUGUUCCCCAGCCUGAUCGCCCCUCCGGCGGUGUAUCCCAGCCUGCUCCGCCCCACGCCCGCCCUCACCUUGCCCGCCUUCCCCAGCCACACCAGCUUCCUGGUGGAAGACCUGAUCCGGAUCAGCAGCAGCAGCAGCAGGCCGUCUCCUUCGCCUUUCCUGCCCCGAAGUAGCGCUCAGCCGCCGCCCAGCAUCCCUUCUCCCCCUCCUCCUCCUCUUUCGGGGGUCGCCAGGACAGACCCCACGGCAACUUCUUCUUCCUCCUCUUCUUCUCCCACUUCUUCCUCAUCCUCCUCCUCCGACGUGGGCUCUUCCCACACCGCCAGAAGGCCCGGCUCCUCCUCGCCGGGACCCGAAGCCACUUUCCUGAAGUUCGGGGUCAACGCCAUCCUCGCCUCCACGCCCCGGACGGACUCUUCCCACGCGCUGAUCCAGAGCGUCCCUCCGAAGGCCUUCUCCUUCCCCUACUUCGAAGGCUCUUUUCAACCUUUCAUCCGGUCGUCUUAUUUCCCAGCCUCUUCUGUGGUGCCUAUCCCUGGCACCUUCUCUUGGCCUUUGGCUGCUCGAGGGAAACCACGCAGGGGCAUGCUUCGCAGGGCCGUUUUCUCAGAUGUGCAGCGCAAGGCUCUGGAGAAAAUGUUUCAGAAGCAGAAAUAUAUCAGCAAGCCAGACAGAAAGAAAUUGGCAGCCAAGCUGGGCCUAAAAGACUCCCAGGUAAAGAUCUGGUUUCAGAACAGAAGGAUGAAGUGGAGAAAUUCGAAAGAGCGAGAACUCCUCUCAUCUGGAGGCUGCCGGGAGCAAACAUUACCCACAAAGUUCAAUCCCCACCCAGACCUCAGUGAUGUUGGGAAGAAAGGUUCUGGGGAGGAAGAGGAAGAUUCUUCCUUACUAUCCUGCUCAGCCAGUCCCAGGAACUCCUUGAAUUAUCAUCAGGGCACAGACCUCCCACACUUGAGAGACAGGCUGGACCCCCGGAUGCUCCCUUCUCCCACCCAUUCCAGCAGCCCCAGCAAACCUUCAGACUUCUCGGACUCAGAGGAAGAGGAGGAGGAGAGGGAGGAGGAGGAAGAGGAGGAGAUCACGGUCUCAUAGAGAACCUUUCUCCUGGCAAUUAUAAAAAGGGGACAUUGCAAAGAUCUACAUCUAAUUGAAGAGAUGGUGUCCUUCCAUAUCCACAUGACUUGCAUAGAAAAUGUGCGGAUCAUCCUUUCAUCCACAAGAUUUUGAUGACCACAGAUCUACCCUGGUUAGAAAGCCUGGCUUUAUAGUGCUCCUUUUGCUGAGCAGCCAGAUUGCCUUGCACUUUUCAGAUAGAAGUUACAGAUUAAACAAGUAAUAAACAAGUACAAGUUGAGUAUCCCUUAUCCAAAAUGCUUGGGACCAGAAGUGUCCUGUGGCUCAGAUUUUUAAUUUGUUUGUUUUUUCAGUACUUAAAUGUGAUAUAUAAUGAGAUAUCUUGGAGAUGGGACCCAAGUCUAAACAUGAAAUUCAUUUCAUAUACACCUUAUUCACAUAGUCGGAAGGUAAUUUUAUUCACAAUAUUUUAAUAAUUUUGUGCAUGAAACAGAGUUUGCAUACACUGAAUCAUCUGAAAGCUAAUGUGUCACUAUCUUAGACAGCUUGUGGACAAUUUUGAAUCUUGGAGUAUUUCAAAUUUAGGAAUUCCAGCAAAGGGAUACUUGACUUUUACUGAGACAACAUUGCUUUAAUGAUAGAGUAAUUAUAGUCUGCUUCAGCUCUACAUAACUCUAAAAGUAUUAUUUUCUGUGAAACACUUGGGUAAUCUACCUUAUGUUUCCCUGAGUGAGAUGCUACAACUAUUACACUCAUGAAAGCUUCCUAGUUACAAAUGAACCACACCAAGUCUGAAAUGCUACCAGUAAUAUUCCCAGCAUAUUGCUAAGAAUAUUCUUACAAAUGUGAGCUAUAUCACUUGGGUCUGGGACCCUAGUCUUUCAUAACUGCCAAGAGAAACAAUACUUUAUAGCUUAGCUUUAGGUCUGUAAUUUUUAAAUGAAUUUCAUAAGCUUCAUGUGCUUUCUAGCCAUUACUAUAUUUUCCCCCAGUUUUUUGGCCAUUUUGGGUUUGCAGAGGGUGUAAAUGUGGACACAUGGGAAAUUGAGCCACCUCUUUGAUUUUGACUAAACCUUGCUGUCUUUGCACAGCUUUUAAUGAACUGUAAAUUGUACAUUUACACUGUAAGGCUAUUUUAUACCACGACUAUUGUAAGUCUCCAGGUGGACAGACUUUUCUACAUUUUGUUGGGAUUUUGAGUGCAUAUAUAUGUGUGCUUUUUAUUGUCUUUUUUAAACUUAAAAAGAAGCUUAGUUUUUAACUGUGUAAUUUAUAAAACAUGGUCUAUUUUAUAUUCUUACUGUGUACAGAUUUUAAAUAUGUAUAUAUAUGAAUGAAGCAAAUGAAGCAAAUGCCAAAUUAAAGAAAAGGCUGUGAGGAUAAUAA